UAUAGAAAAAUAGUCCUUAAUAUACAAAAUCAAUGAGAACUGGUGUUCAUGUUUAUGUAAGGUCACGCUUGUCUGAUUUUCGUUCGCCUUCGUGACCUGGAUUCAUUUUAAAUUGAAAUAUGGUUCUGUGAAAAUACAGAAUUUGAUAAUAUAAAGAUAGCUGGCAGUUUUACAAUGAACGAGAAAAGUACGUUUGUCGGAGGUCUUAAAUGUUUAUUCAAUACAUGGAUUCCGCAUAUAGUAACUGGAAUAUUACUUAUCUAUAUAACGUUUUCUGGUGUUCUUUAUAUACGACAAUUAAACUCUACAACUGUUCAUGAAGAGAAAGAAAUAUCACCUCUAACUGAACAAUUUAACACGCAAAUUUCACAAGAGAGACGGCCUCACAUUGUAUUAGGUAUUUUAAGUGGGGAAAAGAAAAUUCUUUUUCGGGAUACUCAAAGAAACACUUGGAUUAAAUCAAUGCUACGUUUACACAAGGUAUUACCUUUCAAAAUAACGUACAAAUUUUUAUUAGACGAGCCAUCUUCUGAGUCAAUCAAAGAAAAUGAUUUACACAAAGACAUAGUGUAUUUAAAUGUGUCCCAUCAUGGUCGAGCGGUUAAAUUUGGCGAGAAAAUGUACGUGUGGUGGAAAUAUAUACAUAAGGUAUACCCAGACGCUCUAAUGGGAGCAAGAAUAGACGAUGAUGCUUUUGUAUGUGUACCUCAAAUGUUCCACAGAUUAAAUACUUUAAAAGCCGGAAAUCUUUAUUAUGGUUGGAGACACGGGAAAAGUAGACAGAUUAACAGAAACAACAGAGUUGAUGAAAUGUUUUUAGUAUUAGGAAAAGAUCUCAUUUCGCUUGUUUCUAAUAGGACUUACUGUGGACAGAAAAAAUGCAAAAAUAAGAACGACUUGAUUGAUAUUGAUUUUGGUGAUACUUCUCUUGCCGAAUGGCUGUCUGUGUACAGUGAUAAAAUAAACUUCAAAGCUGAUAAUGACCGAAUUGUGCAAUGUGGAGCUAAUUCUCGUGCUAUUUAUAAGAAAUUUUUAAAGCCUGGUUUUUGUGACAAACAAUUAGUUUUUCAUAAAUCGACAUGUGAAAUGAUGAACCAGCUACAUUCAUGGAAUAAUCACGGUGGAUAGCUGCAGUCAUACAAUUACCACGUUAUCGGUCAGUGGAGGAUCCAGAACUUUUCCUAAGGGGGCCCUCUGACUGACAAAAAGGGCGAGGGCCGCUCCAGUCAUGCUUCAGUGAUUCACUAUAUAAUCAACAAAAUUUAUCCAAGAAAGGGGGACCGAGCCCCCCCCCCCCCGGCCCUCCCCCUGGAUCCGCCUAUGUCGGUGGUUAACGGGACUAAAUACUCAUCUUUAGAAAUAGAAAACUGUUUAUUCAAAUAAAUGGUCCCAAACGACAUAAACAUUUGACAUUUCAAUAACAUCAAUAAUUCAAGAUUUUAAAGCAAUUUAAAUGUUAUUCAAUAAAAUCAAUUAUAUAUAUUUUUAUAGUUUUAAUUUCUUAUAACAUGGAUACUAAGUAAAUAUUCAAGCAGCUUUUUAUAUAUGAUGAUGCACAAGUAAGUUUGGCUGUUCUGAGAUUUAUAAGACUGAUUAUUGGUUGCUAAAACAUCCAGUGGCAAAUAUUUCAUGCAUGUUCAGGAAGAUUUAUGAGACACCUGUCACCUUGAUAUAUAUACAUCUUAAAUAGAUAAUAUAUAUAAAUUUGUGUCGGGCACAGAAUGUUCAAUAUGUUAAAAAAACCCUCCCGUGUCAAAAUGAUAGCAGUAUUGUAUUUCAAACGCAGCUGACACCAGGGAUUGAUAACUUUAGAACUAACCGACAUGCUACAUAAAUACAUGUAUUUGGAAAUGUAUAUAUCCCACCUGAAUGAAAAGCAUAAAAGGUAGCAGCGUAGGUAUACCUGCCUACCUGGAAUGUAGUUGACAAUGCUACUAAUGAAUAAAUUCAGCCAAUUUAUAUAAUCGUCAUCAAAGGAAGAUGCUAUAUGUGAUUUUUAUAAUUUUUAUAAAGUAAAUCAACAUUUACUAUACUAAAAAAUAAAACGAUUUUGCAAUGCUGAACAACA